AUGGCGUUAACAUAUUUCAUCAGUGUUAGCACUUUCUCGAUAUGCUCUCUUCAUCCGGACAUUGUGGCACAUCUGCUUUCUGACCAUGGUGCAAUAGUACUGGCGGAAUGUUUAGCGGAUAAUAAAGUGAUGGUGCGCUUGGAUUUACGUGACAAUGUGCAGAUCGGUUCAGCUGGCUUGCUGGCGCUUCAUUUAGCAAUGAAAAUGAACACCUCAAUUACACUUCUCAAUCUUGACACAUCGGUUAAGGAAUAUCAGGAGCAGUUUAAGGUAUAUUACGAAGAAAUCAAGAUGUUUUGCGAGCGAAACAAACAAAUCGCGCUGAAGAAGCUUUCCGUUCAAACAACUGUUCAGGAAAGCUCAGUUGCGAACACUGAGGUUUCUGGCGAUGAAAAGAAGGAGGAAACACGAAAUGUGGAACUGGAAAAAGAGACGGAAAAUACGGAAGAAGAGGAAUCUGAGCAGAAAGAAUUCGUUGGAAUCGAAGCAGCCUCGAAGAAGAGUACAGUUUGGAUGCUGAGUCGUUCAACAUCUUUAACAUGCUCCGAAACCGUCGACGAUAUUCCA